GAGAAGUGGUCAUGUUGCUUUGAUCAAACACGCAACAGCAGCUUAUUGGGGCCUGAAAACAAGGAGCGGCAUCUGAGUGGGAGCGAGAGAGAGCGAGAGAGAGACAUUUGAAGCAGAGAUGAGGAGCUCCAAUAAGAGUCUGGCCAAGAACCUAGAAGAGUCUCAUGUGAAGAAAACCUCCGAGAUCAUGUCGGAAGAAGAGAUUUUAAAAGCGGAGAUCGUCUAUAUCAAGGAUUCGGUGGACGGAGGAGGAGCGGGAAUCCAAAAGAAGAAAAAUGUUGAGCUGCAGCCUGUGUUGGACUGUGUGAGCCUCUCCCAGACCUCCAUGUCAGUCGGUGGCCAGUCUGAAAAUACACCCAAACACAGCAGCACUGCGUCCAUGGAAACAACUGCUAGUAAACCCAGGGGCCUUUCCCGGCAGUGGGGUCAUGAUUCCUCUGGACGUGUUGAGGUUAGCUCGGGUUUCUCUACCGAUAAGCUGUCUGGCUUGGAUCGCAGAGCUACGAGCCCCACAUACUCGGCACACGUGUUCCCCACGCCAGCUUCAUCCAGAGAAUCCAUCCUGUCAGACAGCUGGGAUAAAGACAAAAACUGGCUUUGCUCCCUGGCCUCUCCUGGCUCUUUGAGCCGCACUGUUUCCCCCUGUUCCUCGGUCCGCUCUGGCAUAUUCUCCCCCGCUGUGGUUCAAAUCCGAAAACACAGUCUUGCCCCAGGCUCCAGUCUGGUUCACCUCCCCCAGUCCUGUUUCUCCUCCUGCGACAGCCUGGCUUCUUCUGUCUGUCCACAGUCCCCUCCUCCCCGGCACCGUCCUCCUCUCACCAGACUCUCCCUCCUGACAGCCAUCCUGAGGAAAGGCCGUCUGCCUGUGCUGUCUGCCUCCCUGCAGAGGCCUUACACCCCCUGCUGGCCUGUUAACCCUGUGACCCUCACUUUCUGCAAAGCAUGUUCAGCAGCUUCCAGUGUUGCCUCUAUUCCCCUGGAGUUUUCAUCUCUCUUCUCCUCAUCUGCUUCCAUAGAUAGUCAAACCUGUGCUCAUAGUGAGCCUCUUACUACCCCCCCACCCGAGUCGCCUAAUGAGCACAGCAGGCCUCGCACUCCAAUUAAAAGAUGCUCAGAGCCAAUUUGGCCAAGACGUGUGCCGAGAUGGGAACCUUCGCCUCUGAAAAGCACAACACAGCCCAUAGAACCACCACAACGCUCGUGCUCAAAGCUCAGAAGUGCAACACUGCACCAGUCUCACGUGCCAAAGCCUCCAGAGCUCAUGGCCGGCUUUAGUCUCACGUAUCUCAGGAGCAAAAGAGACCCAAACCUUGAAAAAUCAAUCACUCCCGAUACAGCUUUUCAUCAACCAGCAAAACGUCAGAGCAGGCAGACAAAUUCUUCUCUGUCAAAACUUCGCUGGCUUUCUGAACAACUGCGAUCCCCUUCUCCCUACGCCUCCCCGUCUUUUCCAUCACAUUCCCGCUCAGCCAGCUCCACCGCAUCACCUCUCCCUCCUUUCUCGGCAGGGAGGUGCAACUCACCGCAAGGUUCCCCCAAAGGGUACAAUCUCACUCCUUCCCGCUACACACCCAUCGCUUAUUCCGGCUGGCCCUCGCCCAUCAGCUCUCCCACGCCGACGCCCUCUCCUACCGCACUAUUUCGAGAACUCACGCCAUCCCCGUCCUUCUUCCUACGCUCCACGCCGUCUCCGAGACCGGGGAGUGGAAUCUCAGACUGCAGUGACAGGGAGGGUAAAAAAAGAAAGCCUCACAAGAUUAAGUCGAGCUACAAAUCUCUUGCUGCAAUUCCCACAAACACCCUUCUUUUGGAUCAACAGGUUAUAGAUGAGCAAGUGGAAAGAGAGGACACCUUGAAAAGAGUCGUCAUGAGUGACAGGGAGGAUGAGGAGACCCAUGCUCAGAUGUGCUCGCCUGCGCAGCUCCGGCAGGAAUCAGAGGAGCUGUAUGCAGCCAUUGAUGAGAUAUUGGCAAGUCCCAUUCCAUCGAGCAAGACAUCUUCCAAGAUAUCGACUACCGACGUUUUGCAGAACAAGUCAUGCAAAUCCUUGGGACGUGAAACCAAAUAUAACAAGUCAUGCAAAUCCUUGGGACGUGAAACCAAAUAUGCAUCUCUAAGUAGCUUGCAGCCAUCUGACCGAGUGGAAAGAGCGCUAAUGGACUCUAAAAAGACAAAGCCUGGGGUUAUUCGCCCGGCGGCGGCGGCGGCCAUUCCAAGACUGCCACUGAGAGUUGGAGAAGAAUACCGACAUAAUCCCUUCAGAGAAACAGCAGCCAGCCAAAGUUUAACAGACUUCAGGAAGUCAUGCAAGGCAGGUGGAAGGUGUGUGCCUCAAAGAGGUUGGGGAAAAUGGACGAAGUAAAAGAAGUCAAAUGCUGCGAGAGGAAAGGACAACUGAGGGAAGAAGUCCAUUCUCUGUGUGUGAUUUGCACAUCGUUGAGGCAGAUCAGUCUCUCUGAGGAUGAUGCUUUCAUCUUCCUCCGCUAGGGAGCAUAUCAACAUGAUCAAUCAUGUGUUUAUUCCCCACAAACAGUAGAUAUUCAUUUGGCAACAUUAAUUAGAAAAUAAGACUAACAUAUGUAGCUAAGCUGCUGAGCGGUGUCCUCAAUGAUGCUCUUUAAGAUGCAAACUUUCAUGAAUUAUGUUUAAAUGUCUCCAAAUUGUUUGACCUUCCGCCCUUGGCUUGGCGUGGGUUGUCAUGGCCCAGGCCACGGUGAGUAAUCAGCUGCUAAUUAAUGAAUCUGGAAAAUCUGCAAUUUUUUUUUUUUAGCAAAAGAAUUGAAAUCUUUCUCACCAACAGGAGUGCAAGGUUAACUUUUUGGCUCAUUGAAGUGGUAAUCAUAAUAUACAGCUUUGGGUUUAGAAAAUUUAAAGUGCUUAUGACACCAAAUGAAAUAAUCUUCAUAUUUUCGCAGUGAAAAUGAACAUUUAGACGUGUGCUCAAAUGGUUACAUUUUGACCAUUAAAAAAAAAAGUCACGUCUUCUGGACUGGACGGGGAGGUGCCAGAAGUUCCAACCUGGAAGCUGCCGUCCACUCAUCGUUAUGGUCCAGUUCUGGAUACAUUUCCAAAAACAUGCUAGGUUAAUUGGCCACUCCAAAUUGUCCAUAGGUAUGAAUGUGAGUGUGAAUGGUUGUUUGUCUAUAUGUGCCCUGUGAUUGGCUGGCCACCAGUCCAGGGUGUACACGGCCUCUCGCCCGAAGACAACUGGGAUAGGCUCCAGCACCCCUGCGACCCUCGUGAGGAUAAGCAGUAGAAAAUGAAUGAAUGAAUGUUAUAUAUUUGUUUAUAUUUUGCCCUGUUGAAGGCUUUUGUUGGUGCUCUCAAAAAGAUGGAGUAAGCAAGUUCACAGUUCCGAAAGACCAGUGGCGGAGCUACGGGGUGGCCACAGCCACCCUGCGGCUGGGUGACAAUUUUGACAAAUGUGGAACAUUAGUUCUUGUCUUACUUUAGUUUCACCCUUAGGAUUGUUGCCAAUGUCACUUUCUUUGCGUGCGUUCAUGGCUGUUUGCGCCUGGUUGCCAGUGCCACCCAUAAGUGUUCUCGAUGUGAAUUGCUAGCAAAACAUGGAUCAUUCUCACUCGUCUUUCUAGCCUAGUUACACUUCAUCCGUCAGUUUCAUGACGUAAAUCCAUUUUUUUUACUAGAUCUAUUCUAUGACUGUUAGAAUAAUAGUAUGGAUUUGGUGCCAGGGCUAAAUAAGGAGCGUUUGCUGCUCACUGGUCUUUUAUUUUGCAGAGUGCAUGUAGCACAUAAAAACAUACUUCUUGUCAUUUUGUCAGUGAAUGUUUUUAUUGUGUUACUGUUGAGAAUAUGUCACUUUCUCGUCUGUGCUCAUGAGUUCAGAAAACUCACUCGGGGAUGUGUUAAAAAUGACCAAUUCAUAUCCCUCCUAUUUCACUCCUAGUUGUUUAUCCAUGAGAGCAUUAUGACAAAAAUGUUUUAUUAAGUACUUUCAUUUCAUUGUUUUUCCCCCCAACUGUUUUUGAUGUCAUGAGCACUUUAAUGUGGCCAAAAAGGUAGUCGUCUUCUGUUGCCAUGGUGACUGAAUGAGUUACUGUCCAACAGUCAUGAAGAGUUUUCUCUGCUAACAAGAAAUUGUAAUUUGGAAAAGAUUUGCAUGGGUGCAGAAAUAAAAGCAAAAGCUGU